AGGUACUCUCACUCAUUGCCAUUUUUGAUAAACAUUACUAUUAAAGAGAUUUCAGUGGUCAUAGAGUAGCAUAAAUAUAAUUUUUUUAGGUAAUGUUUUUAUGAGUCACAACUUAAAUUAUCAACUGACUGUUCGCAUCAACAAAAGUGUCCCCUGUUAAUUUUUGAAUUUUUCAAAAUGAGUAAUAGUAAACUAAUUCCCAAGCUCUCUCUUCAAUCUCCUGUCCAUCGUACCAACUUAAGUGUUCAGUCCUCAGAUUCACUUUUCAAGAAAGACCUAAAUCUGAUUUCAAAGGACUCCUUGGAGUCAGAUUCAGAAAGCCUCACUCAGAAGUCCCAGUCCGAACUUGAGAACCAAAUCCAGGACAAAGAUAUGGAACCAGACAGCUUAGAGGAGGAAAGCCCUGCACAGGAAAGCCUGAGUGAAACAGAAGAGCAAGGAGGGGAAACAGCAGCUCAGAUGGCCUGGGAGGAAGACCGCUCUGCUCAGGACCGUGGUGGGAAUCCCAGUCAACAACUUAUAAAAGACAAAUAUUCAGACCUCCGAUAUGACCCGAACUGGAAAAAUAAAAAAGAAGAAGCACAGUUGUUGGUUGUGGAAACCUUGUCGGGGUCUGCAGACAGCUCUUCAGAAAAUGUGCCCUUGGUGCCACUCUACCCUUCCAAGGAGAAUUCAGUGGAGCUCCCAGAAGGAAAAGACAAACAGAAAAAGAGUCCUCAGAGUGCAGCCUCCUUACUUGGAAGUGAAUUUUUAAGCCCCAACUAUGAACCUGGAACCCAGGUCAGUGAGCCAUUUUCAGAGCCAAGUGACAGUGACCAGGAGGAGAAGUCAAGCAACUUCUCUCAGUACCUGAAGAGUUCAAGUUCACAUAACGAGGUGUUCCUCCCAAGAUCACGUGGCCCUCGGAGAAGGAAGUCUACACAAUAUUUUGUGGAAAAAAAUAAGCUUACGUUGGGAUUACCAACUCCUAAAACAGACUCUUAUCUUCAACUUCACAAUAAAAAAAGGGGGGAAACUCAUCUAGAACAGGCAGGCGCUUUGCCGAUCUCCUACCCCAUCAGAGUAACUGGCGAGACGUCUGUUCAGAAUGCUGAAGAGAUGGAAAAUGCUGCCAUCGAUCCCGAGGACAAAUGGCAUCAAAGAGCACAACAGCUAAAGAAUUGCCAGGAACAGUGGCCUCAAUAUGAAGGUAAAAAAUCAAGCAGUCUCCCAAGAGAUCAGUCCUCUGAGUCAGUAAAUGGCCAGCAACCUUCCAGAAAACCAGCAAAGCCCAAAGUUCGGAGACCGCACAAACGCCAGAGUGGCGUGAAGGCCUUCGUGACUAAAGAGCUCAUCAUCAGUCAAGGAAACCAGAACAAAAGUCCCAGACGGCAACAGCACCAAAAUCAGCAUGGGUCGACUGUGCUUUUGAAUGCCUCUAACAGUGACUUACAAGACUUGAGUGCCUUGAUGAACCAGAAUCCCAAAGUAACCUCCAAUAUAUUUGUUCCACCAAAACAGACUUUUGACAAGGUAUUACAUAAAAACUCUAGUGCGUAUCCCUCAGUCCUGAAUGUUAACAAAGAAAGACAACACAGAGAUGAAGAAGAGAAAAGGUUUUCCUAUCAGCAGCUACCCAUGUACAGUCUUUCUAACAUGGCUUUGAACAGCCUUAAUGAACUUUCUAAGAAGCAUGUGCUCCUGAGUCAGAAAGGCCCUCAGUCUGCUUAUGACAUGGGUGCUCUUGGAGCCCCUGAAGAUAAGAAGCAAUCCAAACAGCCUUAUGAAGAGACAAAAUAUAAGAACUUAGAAAUGCUAUGGAAAUUCCACUCUUCCCCAUACAGCCAACCUGCUAGAGCGUCUCCAGAUUCACGGCUCACCCACAUCAUGGAGCAGCAUCAGCAAGCCUUGGUGCAGUUGGCCGAGGUGCAGCCCAGGCAGGGGUCCUUAUCCAGUGUCACACUUCCGCCCAUCUUGUCGAGGGUGGAAAGUGAAUCCCAACUCAGUUCAGAAAAAAAUCAAAGAAACCAAAUCAAAAUUAUGCGUAGCAAUUCCGAAGGCUACCUGUUUCAACUGGAAAAGGGAAAAAAGGACAAGAAAAGAAGCACCACUAAGAGUUCCAAGCUGAAAGGUUAUCAAAAAAAAGACGUGAGACUUGGAGGCCUGGGACCUGACUUUGAGUCCAUCAGAGACAAAAUGCAGAAAUUAAAACAGCAAAAGGAAUACGCAAAACAAGUUAAAGAGUACAACAUGAAGACAUUCUCCGUUCUGUCCAAACCACAAACAGCAAAAACUGAAAAUAAACCAGUCAUUCCUCGACAGAAGGCUUUGGAAUAUGCAAAGACCAUCCCCAAACCAAAACAAUCAAGUCUGACUGACCAAACAUCAAAGGGGGAAAAGAAUGCUACCUACAGUGGGAAAGAAGAAAGUUUACCUGAAAUCUCCCUGCUAGAGAUCCUGCAGAGCAGACACGAGCGGGAAAAACAGGCUGUGGCUGCUUUCAAAGUUCUUCAUAUUGUCUAGACAGCACUUGGUAGGAGAUCAGAAAUGCUCCAAAGACACAUGCAGGAAAGAAACUCCAGCCACCUUGUCUGCAUUGCGAAUGAGAACCUGGUACCAUCACUCAAGCACGGUGGACAGGACCUAAUAGAGGCCCGUCAGAUUAUGGUGCCAUUCUCCGCCUUCCAGCAAGAAAAUAUUUUUAGCUAUUUAUUUCCAAAUCAGUUAGAAUUUUGGGCUAAUAAAUAACUAGACAAUAAAACCUUCAGUUUCUUAUUGGA